AUGCCUUACAUCUACAUCGUCGAGACCACAUGUGUCGACUCGCAGAAAUCCUCCAAACCCACGAAACCGAAAACUACCCAAACCUACUACACAACCCUCCGCUCCGCGAACCGCGCCGCGUAUAACACCACCGUAGAAUGCUAUAAAGACAACAUCGACGAAUACGAUGAAGAGUCACUCGACGAUUGGAGGGCAGAAUGGCGUACCUUGAGGGAGAGCGACAAGCCGUUCAUUGCGGAGGGAGGUACGGACGAGGAUGACGGGAACUUCGAAGCGGAUUGGAGUGUUGUUGUUAGAAAGGUGGAGGCAGAAGGUCCGGAUUUGGAGAAGGGCGAAAGGGACGACGUGAAAGCUGAGGAAAGUAGUGACGAAGAGGAGUUCUUGGAACGAAGGCAACAAGUCGUAGAGCGGAAGAAAAGGGUGGUGGCGUACUUUGCGGACCUGCAGAAACAGGCCCGCGGUAAACAGGAGGAGAAGGCGAAGAAGUCAAAGGAUGGCGUGGAUGACUCAGAGAAGCGGAUGCCUAAGAGGAAGCGGGAUGCUUGA